CUGACCGUCACCGAGGGCCGAGGAGAACGUCAUGGGUAUGACAGCUCCGUUCUCUUGGUGGAACCCGGUCUGGACAACUUUGAGGCAUUGGAAGAACUAUUGCUAAACCAAGAACCUGCGAAUUCAGGCGAAUCUUGUAUUGAACGCUGGCUAUCGACACAGGAUGGAUUUGUAGAGUUGGGAAACGAGUACGGCUAUCCGUUUGGCAUGGUUGAAGGGGGUCUCAAACCAAGCGUCUUAGAACUGCCCAAGAUUGUCCAGUUUGGAGAUAAGUACCCGGUGGGGUUGGUUCAAAACGGAGAGUCUCUGCCUCGUGCACAAUUCGAGCAGCAAGUUUUGGAGUACUGGGAAGAACUGUGCACCGUUGUACAGGCGAGAUUCUGCCCCAAUGGAAAUAUUACAGCGUCCCGAGGAGCCCACACCGAGCCCAUCGCCAUCGUCGGAAUGGCGUGUCGCUUUCCAGGGGCAAACGACUUGGAAGAAUUCUGGGAGAUUCUACGAAAGGGGGAGGAUCAAAUGCGUCCAAUUCCGUCCGAUCGAUGGACGGGGCGAGAUGGGGUGGCAAGCACGCCGGAUGAGCGAUCCAUCCCUGCUGGAUUCUUGAAGUGCGCUGUGGACGAGUUUGAUGGGAACUUCUUCGGGAUGAGUCCAUUGGAAUUGAGCUACCUCGACCCACAGCAGCGCUUAGCCCUCGAAGUCACGUGGGAGGCGUUGGAAGACGGAGGAAUUGAUCCUGACUCUCUGAAAGGCACGCACACGGGGAUUUUCACCGGAACUUGGAAGGUAUCCAUCCACUUAUUCUUCUACGUUCCAUGA